AUGCCUCGAGCGCGAAAUGCUUCAGCUGGACUGGGUAUAGAAGAUGAGCUUUCUUUCGGAUCGGACGAAGACCUCUUAGCUGAGGUCGGCGAGAUACCAUUGCCAACAACCACUAACGCUACAUCUUCGCCAGCUUUGGGAGGCGAACCUUCAACAUCUCACGUCAGCAAUGGUAAACCCGACAAAGUCAGGUCGAGUGGGAUGUUCAAAUCACUAGGAGGGGGGAAGAAGGAUUCAGACAAGAGGAAACGUACAGCUACAGAGGAAACAGUCAAAUUAGCACCUCCUUUACCUACUUCUUCGACUCAUGGUGGAUCAACUUCAGUGUUCAAGAAAGAUAAAUCGUCUAAUAGCAAGACAUUAGCGAAAUCUUCUCUGGUAAUCGACCCUUCUCUGGUAGAAUCGGUACUAGAUGUAACUUCGACUGUACCACCGACGAACACAACAGCGAGUAUACUAUCAAGCAAGAACAAAAGUAGAGAUUCAUUAUCGUUAUCCACCGUCUCCUCAUCUCAUAAAUCACCAAGUAUCACAUCAUCCUCCAAGCACGAUUUAGUUUCUCUGACUGCUGUAGGAGGAGGAAAGAAGAAGGGAUUUAUGAGUUCGUUGAAAGGCUUGGGAGGUGGAAAUGCGAAGAACAAGAAAGAAGAUCCUUUCUCAGUGUUUGGUAUUGCGAAUAAGACGACAAAUGGACCUCAGAGACCUGAUUUGGCAAGUCUGAGAAGUAGGGAUAGCUUUGGUGGUAGAAGUGAUUAUUCUCGCCAACAAUCCCUUGACAUUGCAUCUUCCUCUUUCUCUUCCCCACGUACAGAGUCGUCCGACCAUUCUAUGCAGAAACAUACACUCGCGCCAUUAUCGAUGUCGCCUUUCCAAGCCCAUCCUCCAGAUCUCACACCAGACUCUACUGUCCGAUCAUCGAUCUCCGCUUCGUCCAAACGACCUAGUAUAUCUUCGUUUGCCAGGAGAGCAAGCGUGAUGACUUCCACUUCAUUCGCAACGUCCGAACAAGCCGGCGAGGAAUCGCCUAUUUUGUCGAAGGCGGUCCUGACCAAAUUCCCUAUUGUCGAUGAACCACACACGGCUGCCAAUGGGAGAGAAAGACCCGAUUUGGUAUCUAGAUCGACGACAUCUUCACUUGCUAUCCCAACUAGUCCCACGUUAUCCUCGGAUAUCGUAUCCGUCUUGUUACCUUCAUUCCCCUCUUCACUAUCUGCACUAUCUUCCAUCCAGAUAUUACAGGCUACGGUCAUCCGUCGAACUAUUCCUUCGUCAAAUAAUCACAAUGGAAGUGGGAUGCCAGAUAAAGAGAAAUCGAAUUCAAUCAGAAGUUUAACCAGUGUCUUGUCGUCUUCCAAUAAUGGCAAUAGUUCCUACGGCAACAAGCCAAUUUGGAUAACUCAACAAUUAGUGUUGACGUCUUUCAAAGUGGGAGGAUCUACUCCGCAAUCUACCCCAGAUCCCAACGAAUAUCUAUCGCCUUCGCGAUCCAGCACUGUAGCGCACCUGCACCUCUUCUCAGUUCCUGGAACAUCGUCAUCUACCGGAGGAUCGAGCCAAACUUUCGGCAGGAGGCCUAGUUUACCUUCCAACGCGAUGAACGAAGAAGUUGAAUUGGAACGCAGAAUCAUAUCGAAAGAUUCCACGGCAGGGGUAUGGAAUCACGAUGAGAAUGGAAGAAAGUUCGUGAUGAGGCUUGGAUUUGAGAAUGAGACAGAUCAGUCUCAGGCCGAUAACGAAUGGAUUGUGGAAAUGAGGAAUGCCGAUCAAUUGCAAGAGUGGAUCAGACAGAUUAAAAGUAUAGCUAUUGUCAUCCGUGCUGAGCGCGAGGGCCAUGGCCAUGCUAUUCGAAAUGCUUAUUCCGACGCGGUUCGAGGAGACGAUCUAGCUCUGGAGCUUGACCUACAGCGAAGCUCCUCUCCUAGCGUUAUAUCACCUGCGUCGCGUCCAGGAUCAGGAUCCAUUCCUAGUGUCCUGUCUGGUCAGCGCGAUUCGACAAUUUCCGCUAUAUCAGGUCAAAGCGCGGCGAUGGAGAAGGUGCCUUCUGCAGCGAGAGCCGAAUCCCCGGACAUGUUACCUCCUACACCCCUUGUCGAGGACUUGAAUGGAAGAAUGGGCAGUUUGGAAUUGGGUCCCGAGAUCGGACCAGCUAGAUCGAAGAGCUUAUCAAGAGGCCAACUCCCUUCACCUAUCUACCAGUACCAACAGACACCUUCAGCCCCUUCAGCUCGCAGUGGAUCGAUCGUUUCCAACAGUGGAAGUGCGAUCUCCAGGAUUGGGGGCUCGUUACAUCGACGUGCCAAACAAGGGAGCUGGUCAUCAUCAGCUUCGGGCGGAAGCGGUCAUUUCUCAAGGCGAAAUGGUAGUCUGCCACCUGCACCACCACCUCCCAUGGCUCCUCCUCCCACUGUCCCAUUACCUGCUCUACCCGCUGAAUCACCGCUGGAAUUAGAUAUAACGGUUGUACCGGGUUCGAAAGAGAGACCCUCACCUGAAGAAGAGCAGGAUUUGGGACAAGAUGAGGGAACUUUAAGAUCACCUGGUGGGAUCGAGUUCAUCACACCGUUCCAGAGUCCCGAUUCUACUUAUGACCCGAAAGCACGAAUGACCGAUGGAGAACCCGCAACUAGCGCUGGACCAAGAUUAUCAUUACCUUCUGACGAAGAUGAAGCCAUACUCAAACUUCGACAAUCGACUGGUCGAUCCACUUCGUUACCGGAUAAUGGCAAUGCCAUCUUAGCUGCUAAAGCAAGGAAAGAUCGAUUGUUGAACGCUUUCAGACCAAUCCCAUUAGUCCCAGAGUUGGAAACGAGUCCUAAGAUCGGAGUGGUCUCGCCAAGUGAUUCAAGAACAUCAUCACCUUUGACUAUUGGUUCUUCCUCGCCACAGAUGGGAGUACCUCGUCCACCUACUCCACCUAGACGAUCAACUCUUACUUCCACUUCCACUGAUGUUGAGGAUGGAGACGGUAUCGAAUUUCAUACACCUACUGAAGCUCCCAUCGCCUCCUUCUCCCAACCUCAUCCUAACACUCAAUCGACAGAAGGAUCGAUAUUGUCUACUCCAUCUACGAUCAAUGAACAUCUCCAAAGACCUGUAUUAGGAGAUAGAGAAAGCAAGAAAUCUUAUGCGAGCAGUAUAAAUAGUUUCACGCCCAGUGUGGAAAGUAGAUCCACCACGGCUAGUUCACAUAGAAGGAGGUUGAGGGAGAAGAAAAUAGCUGUUGAUAUUAUGUCUGAAUUCAGCGAAACUCCUUCUGCUGCGUUUGAUGUAGAAGGUGAAGAGGAGAUUAAAGAAGAUCGACCUAGAGUUAUCAGGUUUGCUUAG